AUGGACAGCGGCACGCCAUUCCAAGCGCUCAGCAUCAGUGGAGGUGAUCUUGAAGCCAUUACCCAGGCCAAUCAGCGCACUUUGCUCCUCCUGAAGUUGCCGGCCGAGCUCCGCAACCGCGUCUACGAAGCAGUCUGUCUACACAGCACCAUUUCAAUUCUACCUAAGAAUAUCAUCUACCAUCCCGGAAUGUUCUCACCAAAUGCCACCAAGCAUCGAUCGGGCCUCCCUUUGGUGCAAGUUUGUCGCCAGAUCCGCCACGAAUCGAUGCCAACAUUCCUCCGCCAUACGACUUUUGACUUAACAGAGCUGUAUCAUUCUCGUAAUGAGGAGAUAGACUGGAGUUUCCGCAAAGUAGCUCGUUCGAUCGAACUACGCGCGUAUCUGGCAUGGGAUAUGAUCUACUGCUGGGAAAGGCAGAGGAUCACGUUGUUUAGUGUUGACAUGCCAUGUCUUGAAGAUGUGUACGUCCUUGUGACGGGACAGGAGAGUUCCUGGUGUACCUUUCAGAGCCACAAUGACUUUCAAGAGGCUUCAAGGGCGGCGUUCGGCAGUAAGAGCCUACAAAUUCAUUUCAAAGCUAGAAAGGGCGAUUCGAAACAGCUCGGGGUUGGAGAAGGUAACGAAGCGGAGGGAGUACACACUAUGAGCGAUGCAGGAGAUACUAGGUAA